UUAUGCGAAAAGAGUCGUUUUCUUGGUAGUAGAGCGCGACGGAAAUUCGGCGGCCGCCGGCGAAGAAACUAAUCUCCGGGAUCUAUGGCGGUGAAACUCUAAGAGUCUUUCGGUUUCCUACCCCUGGGCUCUUCUUCAAUCACUGGCUAAGAGUGGUUAAUACCGUCGAAUUAAUAAUGGAAAGCCCUAAAGAAGAGCCAGUCGUUUUCUUGGACCGUGCUGCUCGAGCAACACGGGGUCAACGGAUGACCAAGUUGCUUGAUGAUGAGAUAGAAGAGGAUGAGUUGUUUUGGAAUCAAGAAGCUCUCAAAGAGGAUGAAAUUGAUGAGAACUAUGAAGAGGAACCUGAAGUUGCUGAUGUGUUUGACAGCGACUUUGAUGAAGAUGAGCCCGAUCCUGAUGAAGAAGUGGAAAACGAAAAAGAAGAGAGGGAACGGCCAAAGAAGCGGUUGUUUUUCCCUGGGAAGACUUUACCGAAGAAAAAGAAGAAAAAGAAGGCAGUCUCGAAAUUAGAAAACACUCCCGAGGAUGAGAAGGCAGCUGAAGAGUCUGAAAAUAAAGAACAAGAUGUGAAAGAACAGAAUGAAGCACGAGAAGAUGUGGAAGGCGAGAGGGUCAUUAGGAAAUCUACACGAACUUCAGUGAUUGUAAGGCAAGCAGAGAGAGAUGCAUUGCGUGCUGCUAUACAGGCUACAACGAAGCCAAUACAAAGGAAAAAAGUAGGUGAGGAGAAACGGAUGACCCAAGAAGAAAUGUUGCUGGAAGCUGCUCAAACAGAAAUCAUGAACUUAAGGAAUCUAGAACGCGUCUUGGCCAGGGAAGAAGAAGUCAAGAAGAAGGCAAUAGUGCACAAAGCUGUCUACAAAGGUCCUCAGAUUCGGUAUCUUUCGAGAAAUGGGUGCAAUUAUCUGGAAUUCUGUAAUGGUGCUUCAUUUAAGUCAGAUUUAUCGAUGAAAUCGGUUCCAUAUCCCGAGAAGGCUAUUUGCGCGAUUACAGGAUUACCUGCCAAGUACCGAGAUCCAAAAACUGGUCUUCCUUAUGCAAACAAAGAAGCUUUUAAAGCAAUUCGUGAUAGGUUACUCGAUGAACAUGAGGGUGGGAGAAAGAAAAUGGAGAUGGGAGACUUGUUUGAUACCCUCUCGGGUAAAGGUUUCAUGGCCAAACAGAAGAGAUCAAAGGUUCCGAAUAAAAAGGAAUCAUUUGUCUUCCGUAGCUCUGCACGCUUCCUCAGGUUUCAGUCUCCGGAGAUCGAAGAGAUUUCAGAAUGAUAUAACUGGCAUCAGCAUUCGUUCGUUCCCAUGAAUCACUUGGACCAAAGCAUUCACAUUUCUUCAUCGACCUGUUAUCACAGCAAGAGAUGGCGACAGACAGCAGAAUGCGGUGAAACAUCACAGAAAAUCUCCAUAAUCAGAGUGCUUGACAGACGACGUGUUUUAUCUGUCGGAUUUCUCAGCUUCGCCGCGUAAACUGGAACAUGAAGAUCAGAUUUAUUUUUCAGGUUAUAUGUAUUCAGCGAAAUUAGAUGUAUUAAUUAGAAUGAAAACCGGCAGCAAUAUUCAUGAACAGUAGUGGGUUCUCUCCGUAUGAUUAUGUAAAACCCAAGUGUAAUAACCGUCAUUAAUCAUAAUCAUGACAAAUACAUUGGGCCCAUAUUAA